ACCGUAUUGAAUAGUUUGCAAAACAGCAUCUGUUACCGGUAUUCGCUAGUUUACCGAUCGUGAGGUAUAUCGCUUGUGACCCUUCGCGCCUUCUCCUUCUCUACCAUCUAAUUAAUGGCCACCGACUUUUGGGCAAGCUCGCAUUAUAAACGCUGGAUCGUCGACCGGGCAACAUUGAAGCAAGCACGCGCAGACGAUUUGGUGUACGUUUCAGAGCCAGAAUGUCUUGAAUUUCUAGCCAUCUAUUUCGCCAACAUCAUUUCAAAGCUAGGGAAGAAACUCGGAUUUCGACAACGAGUCAUAGCCACUGCUACAGUGUUCUUUCGGAGAUUCUACCUGAAGAACUCGUACUGCGAAACGGACCCUUAUCUUGUUCUCUCAGCGUGCUGCUAUGUUGCUGCAAAGGCAGAAGAGUCCCCAGUACACAUAAAGAACGUGGUGGCCGAGUCGCGUGCGCUGUUCAGUCAGGAACAAUACAAUGUCAAGCACUUCCCUUCUGACAACUCUAAACUCGCAGAAAUGGAGUUUUAUCUUGUGGACGAUCUGGAGUGUGACUUAAUCGUGUUUCAUCCGUAUCGAACAUUGCUUGCUUUGUGUAACAAGGAUUUUGGUAACAGCAAUUCCAGCUCGGAUUCUCCUGCGGAGGAAGCUGAAGCAGGCGAACUGGGCACGGGCAUCGGUGCCGACGAUGGCCCCAGGUAUUGGGGUACCGGCCAAGGACAACUGGAGUUAUCUGAGGGGGGUUUACAGACCGCAUGGUUUAUAAUUAACGACACCUAUCGCUCUGAACUAUGUCUUAUCUAUCCACCGCAUCUGAUCGCCGUGACCGCCAUCUAUCUUACUCUUGUCCUUCAUACACCCACUCAGAAUAGUAUCGCGCAUCUACUACCUUAUUCUCCUGCAUUCAACUCGGACUCUUCAAAUUCAGGCGAGCCAUCCCAAACAACUCCACAUCCAAGACGCUCGUCGCGGACCAGUGAUUCCUCAUCGAAACAUGCAAACCAACAAGACCCCAUCGAUUUUCUCGCAAACCUCAACGUCUCGCUUUCUGCUAUAGCCACCAUAGCGCAGGAGAUCAUAUCGAUGUACAGUCUGUGGAAUAGGUACCGCGAAGACGUCACUGCUGAAGAAAUGAGGAAUAUGAAUGCAAAUGCAAAUAUGGGUAAGAGGAACGCUGCGGGUAAUUUCAAGAGUACGAUGAAAGGAGCCCGUGUUUCCCAAAGUAUGCAGAGCCAGAAAAAUCUUCCCCGGAACGUUUCUGCAUCCGCCGCCACUACCUCUGAUAUGGAAUGGCAACUCGAACGGCAACGAUUCCAUGGCGCAAUUCAAUUACAGGCACAUCUCAAAAAACAAGGGUAUGCCUCAGCACCGCUACCACCACAGCACAUGAUAAACGGCCCGUAUUUUAUGCCCCAACACCCACAACAAAUGCAACAUCGUUACCCUCCAGCUCUAGUUCCAGUCUCCCUCGGAUCUCUUAGCCCCACAAAGAGGUCUGCAACGGGACUGAGAUCUCGAUCAGGCUCGAGAGCCGGGACGCCGAACAGUGUCGGUGGUGGUGGACGGAUGGAAGAUUUAUUCGGAGAUGGAACAAGCUCUGGAUCUCCUGCAUCUCAUACAUCACAUGCAGCAGGAGUAGGCCCAAGGGCUGGUUCGACGCCGCUGGGCAAUACUCCCGGAAGUAUAGGAGGGGCAGACGACACUGCGAAUUCGCCAAUCAACCCAUGGCCGUUCGGUCAAGGGCGUAUAGUCACAGCCAUCUUCUUGUCUUCGAUGCUGAAUACCUUGCGAGAGGCAAGGAUGAAUGAUAUGGCACAUCCAUCGAGUGGAAGACCGGUAGUCGUUAAUCGAAUGCUGGAAAGGACUUGGUAGAUAGGUAUAGGUGCAAGCACAGCUCAUUGCAAAUGCAUAACAUAUCAAUAGUCGGAAGUACGACUGUGUUGUUCUAUUGAACGUACAUACGAUAGGAUUCACGUGUAUAAUUGACAAUUGUUGCCCGCUCCGCUGUAGCCAUCAUCGCUCGUCUAUCCGGCCU